AAAAUCUAGCAGUUGUACUUUGCAUUCAAAAUGCCAGAGCCAGGGAAUCCUGAGGGAGCCUCAAGAAAUAACCAUGAAUAAUGGCUUGUCCAGCAAGACUUCCCAUGCAGUGCAUCAAGUAGAGGGCUGUGAAGGGUGGACAUGGUGGAAUCUGUCUAUCACCUGCAGUUAAUCCUCUACUGUAGCUAAUGACCCCAGCAAACCUCUGAUGGAUGAACCAGUGGUGCAAAGGCACAUGGAGUGCCUUCAGACCUGGUGUGGUACUAACACAGAACUCAUCCCUUUGGAGAUAUUGACCGAUCUCCUCCUUGUGGAAGGACUGAGUGAUCUCCAGCAGAAGCAACAUGAUUUUAUACAGAUUGAAACCACCAACGGCUUAAGGAACAUUUCCAAAAAAAUUGCCUUGGAGAAGCUCUUCCUGCCUCUCUCCAAGUUCAGCAUCCCUCCAAGGAUCUCAGUGACAAUUGGUGUGGCAGGUAUCGGCAAGAGCACCUUGGUCAAAUUCUUCGUCCACACUUGGGCAAAGAGAGAGAUAAGCAGGAAUUUUGUGUUUGUUUUGCCUCUCACUUUCCGGGAACUGAAUGCUUAUGAAAAGCUCUCUGCCGAGAAGCUCGUCCGGCUAGCAGCCCCCCAUUUAACUGAUCUGAGCUUUCUUCCCAUGAGCAGUGCCAGAACCCUUCUGAUUCUUGAUGGUCUGGAUGAAUUUAAGACACGUUUAGAUUUUUCCAACACAAUGGCUUGCACAGACCUCCAGAAGGAAAUCCAAGUGGACAACUUAAUCACCAACAUCAUCCGAGGCAAUCUGUUGCAAGAGAUGUCCAUCUGGAUCACUUCUCGGCCAACAGCAACCAGCCAAAUCCCAGGUGGCCUUGUGGACCGGAUGACUGAGGUACAAGGUUUUGGAGAUACAGAAAUCAAAAAGUAUUUAGAUCACAUGUUCAGUGAAAACCAAAGUUUAGCAGAUGGUGUGAUGCAGCAUCUCAAGACCAACAGGUCCUUGUAUGCCCUCUGCACCAUACCAGCAUUUUGCCGCAUCUGUGGAUCCUCAGUGGGCUAUUUUCUAAAGAGUGCUGAUCUUUCUCCCGAAACUUCAGCAGUUCCUAAGACUUUGUCGGAAAUCUAUUCCUAUUACUUUAAAAUACUGUUGUGCAGUGAUUGGCAAGGAAAACAGAAGGAAGUCCUCCGGAUUGAACCAGUGGUGAACAACUGGAAGAAGAUGAUGAAUGGGUUGGGCCGACUGGCAUUCUAUGGCCUGAUCAAGAGGAAGUAUAUGUUUUUUGAACAGGACAUGAAAGCCUACGGAGUUGACCUCUCUUCCCUCUACUUCAGCUUGUCCAAUAGGAUCUUGCUUAAGGAAGAGACUCCAUUUUCUACCAUCUACUAUUUCUUCCACUUAACAUUUCAGGAAUUUCUAGCUACUACUUAUUAUUAUACUGCAGCAAAACGUGCCCUAUUUGAUCUCUUUGUUGACAGUGGUAUGUCUUGGCCCAAGCUGGGCUUUGUCAACCAUAUAAAAAAUGCCAUCCAUAGAUCCUUACAAUCCGAGGAUGGGCACUUGGACAUUUUUGUACGCUUCCUUGCUGGCCUCCUUUCCCCCCAGGUAAACAAAGUCUUGUCUGAUUGGUUCACGGUGAGGGAUGAACACCACAGCUACCAGAGUUAUGUGGUCAGCCUCUUCCAGAAUUUCCUGGGAGUGGACCAAGUUGUCUCCUGUAGGACUGUGAACCUCAUGCGGUGCUUAUAUGAGCUUCAACAAACUGAGGUGGCUGCCAGCAUUGAGGAGGCUAUGAAAACUGAGAGCCUAGCCGGAAGGUUGACACCAAUCAAUUGCUCUGCCUUGGCCUACCUUCUGCAGACCUCAGAGGCAUGCAUGGAAGAAGCAAAUCUCUCCAACUGUCUCACUUACCACAUCUUGCAAAGUCUUCUCUCCCAGCUUCUGUAUUGCAACAGUCUCAGGCUGGACUGCAACCAGUUGAAAGACAGUGCCAUGGAGCUCCUUGGCAGUGUGCUGAGUGGAAAAGACUGUCAGAUUCAAAAAAUCAGCUUGGCAGAGAACCAGAUUGGAACCAAAGGAGCAAAAGCUCUCGCUAAAUCCCUGAUGGUCAACAGGAGCCUUUUAGCUCUGGAUCUUCGGAACAACGCCAUAGGACCCAGCGGAGCCAAGGCGCUCGCCGAUGCCUUGAAAAACAACCAGUACUUGCUUUCGCUGAACCUCCAAGGCAACCUGAUCAAGGAGAAAGGGGCAACUGGUCUGUCGGAGGCGCUCAUCAGCAACCAAACUCUGAUGACGCUGCACCUCCAGAAGAAUGGGGUGGGACCGCAAGGUUCCAAGCAGCUGGCCGAAGCACUGAAGAAGAACUGGGGGCUCAGAGACCUCAUUUUGUCGGGGAACUGUAUUGGAGACAUGGGCACAGCUGCUCUGGCGGAAGGACUGAUGUUGAAUCACACCCUUUUAACCCUGGAUCUCCAGAGCAAUUCUAUCAGUGACACCGGAGUGACUGCACUCACGCAUGCUCUCUGUCGCAACCGAGGUCUCACCAGCCUCAAUCUACGGGAAAAUUCCAUAAGCCAAGAGGGAGCACAAGCCAUCGCCAGUGCUCUGCGAGCUAAUUGUACCCUGAGGAAUCUGGACUUGGCGGCCAACUUGCUGCAUGACGAAGGGGUCCACGCCAUUGCCCAGGCGCUGAAGGAGAACCAAGCCCUCACUUCCCUGCACUUGCAGUGGAAUUUCAUUCAGGCCAAAGCAGCGAAGGCCCUGAAUCUAGCUUUGCAAUUCAACAGGAGCCUGACCAUCUUGGAUUUACAAGAAAAUGCAAUUGGGGAUGAAGGAACAGCUGCUUUGGCUUCCGCUCUGAGGGUGAACUCAACACUCGAGGCCCUCUACCUGCAGGUGGCGGCAGUCGGGGUGAGCGGGGCCCGAGCCCUGGCAGAAGCAUUGGCUGUUAACAAGUGCCUUGCAGUGUUGGACCUGAGAGGAAAUGCCAUUGGUCUGAUAGGAGCCAAGGCAAUGGCCCACUCCCUGAAAGUUAACAGCACCCUCCGCAGGCUGAAUCUCCAGGAGAACUCCUUGGGCAUGGAUGGGGCUAUCUGCAUUGCCACAGCCCUGACAGGGAGCCACAACCUCACCUACAUCAACUUACUGGGAAAUAAAAUUGGUGAAUCAGGAGCUAAGGUGAUUUCCGACGCCAUCCGAACGAACGCCCCGAGCUGUGUGGUGGAGAUAUAAAGCAGGGCUGGGACUGCAGUACGCUGGAGGGAGGGAGUGGCGUCCACGCUCCCGGAUG